AUGUUUCCGUUCACGUACACAAAGCCUAAGUACGACAAGCUCACUAGUGAUGCCGAUUCCGAGCGGAACGAUGUCCUCUUGGAUGCGAGCCCUCAGGACUUUCCACGAUUUUGGCGAUUUGGAGUGACAUUUACCCUAGUGGUCUCAAACUUCUUUUCAGCUUUACUUAUCAUUGCGAUAUUGAUCCGUCAUGAGGACCACGCGGAAAAGGGGUUCGAGAUGGGUUAUCAUUCUGACUUCGGACCGGCGCGAGAGCAUAUUGAGCUUCAACAGGUCAUAUUCACAGGAUCCUCAUCAUUUACUUAUGCGGGUGUUGAAUUCCAGCACCACCCACCUAAGGUCCGAUAUGUUGGCGAGCCAAGCCCAGAGAUUGACAAGGCCUGGGAGGAUUUGACCUCCGGGGGCAUCUUUCUAGCAACCGAGGAGGAAAUCAACUCUCAGUGGCCGGGUGAAUAUAGUGAGUUGUGGGACAAAGAUAAAGGGGGUUAUAUGAUCAGUCUUGAUGUUUAUCGGACACUGGACUGUCUGAACUUGUUACGCCGCGCUUUGUCUCAAGAAUACUACAGUCACACCGAUGAAGAAGACACCAAAUCAAAAGCCAAUCACUGCAUCGAGAGAAUCCGCCAAUCUAUUAUGUGUGCAGCCGACCUGACACCAAGUCCUUCGCGAUAUAAUCCAGGCUUAGGCCAUAACUACAUCGAUGAAGACUACUCCCACACCUGUCGAAACUUUGAUCGUUUGGACCGCUGGGCAAAAGAGAGGGCUAUGGGACGAUUAGCUGUCAAGCCUGUAGGGAAUGAGUGA